GGAUAUGUGUGUGUGCUGUACAGCAAGCGAUAAAUAAUGUUGUGUUAGUGCGUCAGUAAAAGGCAAUCAGUCAGCUUGCUAAAUAAAAAAAGUGUUAAAAGAUAUACCAGCUGGGGCGGAUCGGAUUUGGUUGCAAAUUUUCUACAAAAUUUGUAGUGUAUAUUAUAAAACUAAACUUUCGUUGCCCUGUCGACACCCUUGUGCAAUAGUAUGACGACAGAAUUGGGUGGAAAAAGACAAUAUUCUAAGUCUUAGUCGGUCGGUAAAUCAUUGGUUUGUGCUUUGUUGGUAGAAAUUGCGUGUCCACCACACAACGACAUAACGACGAUAAUAAUGAGACAUUUGCACCGAGCAGCAUCACAAUAGUCGAUGGCAAACAACAAGAGUGCGGUUCCGAAUUCAACACCACGCGCGAAGGACAACAACUUUUUCGAUUUUCCAGCCAAUCUAGCGAACGGAGUUAGUUUCCCUUGACGAAUGGUGUUCUGCUCGACCUAGCAUCCACCGUUGAUUGAAACUGUGUAGUUUAGGAUCCAUCAUCAUCCAGUGCAACCGACUAGCGAAGCAGAGCACUGCGUUUAGUUGAUCGUAUCAACCAUAUCGUAAAUAUCCCUUUAGUGCAGUGCGUUAAAUAUUCGAUGGUGUCAUCCGUCGGAUAACAAAGAACAGCAUCGGUCAAAUGACCUCCGAAGGAACGCUUGUGGAUCUGGAUUUCGGAGACACAAGCAGUAAUCACGCUGGUACCGUCAUCACAUCAAACGGACUCUCAACUCCGAUUCAUGCUGUCGGAAACGUAACUCUUCACAACGAUCUAAGGUCACCACCACCACCUCAGGCCCUCCAAGCGCUCCGUGAAAAGGUGAAUCAACUAUCGUUCAUUUCCGGUGCGAACGAACAUCAACAAUCGCCUACGUUGCAUCCAGUAUCGGACAACGGUGAACGAGACGUAAAAGAUGCGAUCGUGAACGACUUGUUACCGCCAAGCUCUGGACCGUUGUUUGGCGCCGCAGCAGACAAUAAACAGAGCGUGAACAACCAAAGUUCGUCGCGGCUUUCUGCAUCUUCAGCCUCGACCGUGGCCACCACCGUAGUGGACACCGGGGACGGUACGCCGCUCGUGCUGCCGGACGUUAGCUUCGAAGGCAUCACGCUGGAUUCCGGCAUCGAUCGAGAAUCGCAACCCCUGCUGGGGUCGCGCGAUCAUGAGAUUACAUACAAUCAAUUUCCCGAUGAUCCUCACUUCAGUGAUCUAGUGUACUCGGCAGAAAUAGCGAUCGAUGCUGGCAUCUAUCCGGAACGUAUCUACCAAGGGAGCAGUGGGUCGUACUUCGUCAAGAAUCCCGCCAAAAAAGUGAUCGCCGUAUUUAAACCAAAAGAUGAAGAACCGUACGGAAGGUUAAAUCCCAAGUGGACCAAAUGGAUGCACAAACUGUGCUGUCCGUGCUGUUUUGGACGCGCUUGUCUGAUACCGAAUCAAGGGUAUCUCUCGGAAGCCGGAGCUAGUCUAGUGGACCAAAAACUAAAUCUAAACAUCGUACCGAAGACGCGCGUUGUACGGCUCGUCUCGGAAACGUUCAACUAUCCGCGCAUUGACCGGCAGAAGGCUCGCAUCAAGAAAACGAUUAAGGAGCGCAUUCCGGCGGCUCGGUUCAACCGUAUGUCGCUUCCACCGAAGACCGGCUCGUUUCAGCUGUUCGUUGAUGGUUACAAGGAUGCCGAUUACUGGUUGCGCCGGUUCGAGCAGGAACCGUUGCCGACACGGCUGGGCCAAAAGUUUCAGCUCCAGUUCGAACGGCUGGUCGUGCUGGACUACAUCAUUCGCAACACGGAUCGGGGCAAUGACAACUGGUUGAUCAAGUACGAUCAACCAUCGAUCGUGCCAACCAGCCCGACCGCAACCAGCCCGAACGGUGUGAACGGGCUGGCGAAUGGGAUGAACGGUGGUGGGUAUAUUCCACGCAGCAGCAGCCGCCUGGAGAUGAUGGAACACACGGACUGGAAUCUAGUGCAGCUGCCCGAAAUUAAGAUCGCUGCAAUCGAUAACGGGCUCGCGUUUCCGUUCAAGCAUCCUGACUCGUGGCGUGCCUACCCGUACCAUUGGGCCUGGUUGCCGCAGGCCAAGCAACCGUUCAGUCAGGACAUCAAGGAUCUGGUGCUGCCCUCGCUGUCCGAUCCGAACUUCUGCGAGGAGCUGUGCAACGAGCUGUACGAACUGUUCAAGCAGGACAAGGGCUUCGAUCGGGGCUUGUUCGAGCGGCAGAUGUCUGUGAUGCGCGGUCAGAUGUUGAAUCUGACGCAAGCUUUAAAAGACGGCAAAAGCCCGGUGCAGCUGGUCCAGAUGCCGGCCGUCAUCGUCGAGAGAUCGAAGGUUAAUCCGGGAUCGUCGAGAUUUUUCUCAUUCCAGCAGCGCUUCCAAAACAAGAGCCCGUUCUUUUCCUGGUGUUUUCAAAUACCGAUGGCCGAAACACUCGAACACGUGGCGAACGGAGUGUGCUCAGUGUCAGCAGAGAACCCAUGUGCAACAGAAGGUGCCGUUGUCUACUGCGAUGAACAGGCUUGCGGAUUAGAAUCCGAGAUUCCGUGCUGCUCCACACCGCCAAUCGGGCCGUGUGCUGAAUAUCCGGAUCCAGUGUGCAUAAAUCCUACGUACUCCGACGGGGCUACUUGUUGUCCUGGUCCCUGCGAACAACCUGUCACGGUUGUGGACGAUUGCUCUGUUCCAGCUAACACCGAAAUGCCGCAAUGUUGUAAUUGCGCCUGUGGUAGGCCGGGAUGCGUGCCUAUGAAGCGUGUGCGCUACGUCCAACCACCGAAACGGGAAUCUUGUAAACCGAUCGUAACGUACAAACCACCGGAGGUGGAAUUUGGAGGCGACUCCGUGUACAAAACGUCCUUCAAUACAGAUCCUCAGCUUGUUGUCAAUGCUCGCCCACUGGCAAUCAAGCCACAAAGCCAUUUGGUGCCACAUCCCGGAAGUUUGGAGAAAACUACUGUCACAGCGCUCUCCUACCCUGGAUACAGCAAUGUAGAUCGAGCGCAACCGAUAGUUCCUACCGGCAAUCAGCUAAUACAGCCGGGUCCUUUACAAGAAGUUACUACCAGUAGGCAUGACUAUGUGGCCAAAACGACACCAAAGCGUUACAAAAUUGUCCCGGCAAGCCACAUGCACGUGCACAGUGCGCCGUUUGAAAAGCAAACCAUGAACAAGCUGUCGUACAGCUGUCCUAACAUGGCCAGCUUUGAACCGGCACGGUCUUGCAAACCGUUGCGCGAGUACGAACGUCCUGAGAUUCCGAUGCAGUCCGAAACAACAACCAAGCUCAGCUAUGGUCCUAUCUGUCCACCGCCAAAGGAAGACGUCCCUUGGGCGCGACGAGCGUGCUACCAACCGCCAGACGUACCAAUGGAUAACGAGACGACGUACAAAAAAAGUUUCAUGUCCGGGUGUCCGAACGAACGAGUGAAGAUGGUACUGCCAUAUAACAAUCUCUCCGUACCUGCCGGUUCGGGUUUCGAAUCGAAGACAGUCUACAAAGAGAGCUACCACAGUGCCACAUGCGGCGAGCGUCCGCCCGCUAUUCGACCAGUGGUACAUCUGCGGGUUGCCAACCAAAAGAUCGAGGACGACACCGUUUACAAGACGUCAUUUGCAACGUACUGCCACGCGGAACGUCCGGCGCCAAUACUUCCGCGUCCUGCACCACUAAUCGGAGAUGGACCCAUGCAGGAAAUAACAACACAAAGGCACGAUUUUGUCUGCAAAGGACAAGCUAAGCGGGACCCAAUAAUGCCCCAAGGAUCUCUUACGAUGCCAACCGGACGGGUAGAGAGUGCCACCAUAAAUCGUUUAACCUAUACAGGCAACAAAGAAAAUAUAAUUCCAACCAAAUCAUGCAAACCCAUUAUCACCUACAAGCGCCCAGAAGAACCGAUGGAGAGUGAUACGACGCAGAAACUUAGUUACAUGCCUGUUUGUCCACCACCCAAAGAGCAUUAUCCUUGGGCGCAACGGGCUCGCUAUCAACCACCCAAUGUACCGAUGGAUUCGGUUACAGUGCAGAAGAAUAGCUACGCCCCACCCGGACAGUACAUCGAGGAGCCCUGCUUCGACACGAUGCCAUGCUGCCAGUCGUGCAGCCCAGCAGCGGUGAACUGCUGUGCAAACGUGGACACGGCGUGCAAUGGUGUCAGUUAUCCGCGAGCAGCUAUUGUGAAGUAGUUCCUCUUUGUAUUCUAACCCUUCAUAGGUUCGCCUUACCGGAGCGGUUCUAAGUGAAAUCCAAAUGUAUUUAUUUUAUUAUUAUUUUUUUACUUUGUGUUAAUAAGCUUUAAAAAAAUCUGGAUGGAAAUUUCAUUGGCGAAUUAUAGGCUGGCGAUAUGUACAAAAAUUA